GGAAUUUCUUUUGGAGAGAACAAUUGGAUUUACCAAAUUCAUCAGGUCAAUGUUAAACAACAUUAAACUGCUGCUACUGAACGCUCAAUGUUUGACUGCUGCUUGUGUUCCGCACGGAAGCAGUGUGUUGAAAGGAGGUUUUAAGAGGCUUUUCUUCAAGUGCUUAACUUUGAAUGGAACUCUAUAAUCUCGACAGAACUGUUACUAUAGAUAGAACUUUUUUUUUCAAUCUUGUGUCACAGUGAAGCAGUUUAACUCUUGACAGCAGGCAGUUUAGUUACAUCAACAAAAUUUUACAUUCAUCUCGAUAUCUGAUUCGAUAGUGGAAAAAAUAUUCCUUUCAAAGGAAAAAAUAAAGUGAUGAAGGAAUCGAAGCGAGGCAUGGGUAGCCUUGAUUUUGGGGAUGCCCUAAACCUGGAACUGCAGAAGCUUCAGCGACAGAGGUCAGUGAGGUCGUCGUCCUUAGAAGAUCGAAGGUCGUCGUAUUCUCAGCGGUCGACCUCCACCGUCGCGUCGCUAGACGCGGGAAAAUCGUCCUCCGUGGUUGCGCUCUCCGAUCAGAGGACGCAGAAAAUCCCUCUUACGCUGUCACACUGGGACUCAGUAGAUCAGACAUGCAAAUUAGAUGGCCCCCUGAGUUUACACGAGUCCACCAUCAUGAUGAAUGAAGAUACGGGGCAGUCUCCCCACAAAUCAGGAAGUCAGUCAAUGGAAGACCCUUCCCAGAAUUCCACAGAACAAAUGAACGGACAGGUCAACUUUGAUGAGAUAUGUAAUGUCAAAAACCUCAAGGAUGAGGAAAUACUUCCAAGAGUCGCAGAACUUGUCCAGGCUCUGCGGGGAUUAGAUGAAUAUGACCGAGGGGAUACGAUGAAAAUCCUAAAGAGUGUGGGAGACACAUACUGGAGUUACAGGGCCAUUCGGAAAAAAAUCGGCAAUAUUCUCGCUGACGAGGGAUUCGCAGAGAUUACCAUGAAGAUUUUGAAGACACUGAAUGGGAAGGGGAUAUUUAAGAAUGAUUCGAUAUGGUUUCCUGUUUAUUAUUGCUUCAACACAUUGUGGAAUUAUUCGGACUCCAGUCUGAAGCUGGCCAAGUCAAUUGCUGACAACGAUGGGGUGAGAUUUUUCACCAUUAACUGUGAUCAUGAACCUUACAUCAAAAAUCUUCAUUCUAAGAAUGUAUAUUACGUAGUGAAAGCCUCGAUGAGCAUUUUGCACAAUAUAUCACGAACCACAGAUAUUCACCACUACUUCAAAGAAAAUGGAACCACAGAGGUGAUGUUAAAGUUUGCGACCUGGAAGGACUUGACCUAUGAGAUGCUGAAGGUCAUGUCCCUCCUGACCUUAGCCCAUAUAGUGGAAGAGGAAGACAAUGAUAAACUUAUUGAUGAAACAGGUGCCAUAGAAGGUUGUAUCAAAUACAUCAACAAGGCCUUAAAGAAUGAGAAGAGGAGACAUUUAGGGUUCACACCCCACGAGUUGAUGGAUGGAAUGAGUAAACUGGCCGUUAAUGACAAAAACAAGAAAAAGAUUAUUGAUGCUGGUGCUCUUCCAGUUCUCCUACAAAUGCUCAAGGGAGAGCACUCCGAGGAGCAGGCAAUCACGUCGAGGGCGAUAUGGACAUUGUCAUUCGAUAAGGAGGUGUGCCAACAAAUUGUGGAAUUCCCAGAAAUGUUAGAAAGACUUGAGAGUCUGAAAAGCAGUCAGGACAAGGAAGUCUUGAAAAACGUCAAUGGAGCGCUGUUUGUCCUGAAAGGGGAGAAUGAUGUGUCAAAACGUCCAAAAUCUGCCAAGAAAAAUAAGGGACAUGUGUUUAUCAGUUAUUCUUGGAACGAGAAAGAAACCAUCAUGAAAAUCAGGGAGAGAUUAAAAAAAGAGGGAGUAGAGGUGUGGAUCGAUGUGGAGAGAAUGGGUGGUUCCACUUUAGCAGCCAUGGCAGAGGCAGUGGAGAAUGCAGCACUAGUCCUAGUCUGCAUGUCAGAGAAAUAUAAACAGAGUCCUAACUGUAGACUGGAGGCAGAAUAUACAUUCCAACUUCGAAAAGAGUACAUUCCCCUGAUGGUCCAGAAGCGGUACCGCCCUGAUGGCUGGCUGGGGUUUAUCCUGGGGGCCAAGCUGUACUUUGACUUCAGCGGAAAAUACCCGUUCGAGAAGCCAUGGAACGGAUUGAUGAAGGAAUUGAAGGGCAUGGGACGGCUGUCGGUGUUGGAUAAUAGUGACAAAACAGAUGCACCCAUUGUGUCUUCGUCUUCCUCGAUGUACGGCAGCCAGCCUAUCCGACAGAAUUCCACGUCAUCCAGGAUUCAUCAGAUGAGUACAGAGGACGUCUCCAACUGGCUCUGUUCUCUCAAACUUGAUGGCUGUGUUCCAUCGUUCGCCCAGUUUGAUGGGAAACUUCUAGCACAAUUGAAGUCUAUGAAAUCGGAGGCAGCAGAGUUCUACUAUCAUUGUCUGGAGAAAAAGCUAAACAUGAACAUCGUGGAGAUCCUGACGUUUACAGAGGGUCUGGAGAAACUGUGAACACGGGUCUUGAACAUGCUGCACCAUGAACCUCAUGUGAGAACUUGAGAAAUCCAGUUUAUCUCUACAGUGUACUCACAAAAGAAAAUACCUCAUAAAGCGUCAAACUUUUGGGACACACUGUACCUGUAUAAGCAGAUAACAUGUAUUCUGUAGAAAUUUUGACCAAUUUUAUAUUUUCCCUCCCAAAUAUUUGGGUUCAUAAUGAUACGAAAUUUACCAUUACUAAGAGUCACUUGUAAAACUUUCAAUGUAUUUUUUUAGAUUAAAAAAAAAUACGUCAGUUUUAGAUUUUGAUUUGAAUAGCAUAAUGAUAGAUUAUUGUAUUUUAGUUGUCCUUUUAAUAGUUUUUAUUUUAAACAUUUCUCUGCAUGCUUUGUAAGAGUUACAUCCUAUGCUGAAGUGUCACCUGUGAUGAGUUGAUUUAGACUGUAAUACGAAACUAGAAACUGAAAGUUAGAAAAUUUGUAUGUCAUUAAUAUAGCUUACUCCUAGUUUUGUAUUCUUUAUGAGAUUGAUCAUUGUUCCAGGUCAAGAAGUGUUUACCUCCAGUUAUGAUCAUUGUUUCAGGUCAAUAAGUGUUUACCUGUAGUUAUGAUCAUUGUUCCAGGUCAAUAAGUGUUUACCUCCAGUUAUGAUCAUUGUUCCAGGUCAAUAAGUGUUUACCUCCAGUUAAAACUUUAAAUUCCACAGUGUUGUAUCAUAAUAUUACAUAUCAGUUUAUUUGUUCUUCUUUCAUGGAAUGGCAGUGAAUGUUAGAAUAAUGAUUUUGUUGAAUGGUAGACUGAUAAUUAACUUUGGAGUUCGAUAUAUUUUAGAUGACAUUGUCAACAGUGCAUGGUAGAGUUCUAUAGGCUUUACAAACACAUGUCACAAUUGGCUACAGUGUAUGAGAGGUGUGAUACAGUCCCGCUAACAAAAGUUAUACAUGUAAUAUACUUGUGUAUUUUGUUGAAACAUGUAAUAGGAGCGGUUUCCGUGUGAUGUUGUGUAAUAUGUUAAUUUUUUCCAUCCCUGAUUUCAUUUUUAUGUCACCUGCAAAGCAUAGUGACACUUAAGAGAUCUCUUUAUCCAUGUCCUGUCCAUCUGUAUGUCUGUCACACCCCAGAACUUUGAAACUCUGAGGAAAUGGAUUUGUGGUUUCUGCAUAUGUGUGAAUGACAUUUACUAAAUGCAAGAGUCACUAA